AUGCAAGAUCCAAACCCCAAGCACUCGAUGAACCAAAUGCCGCCGUUUUCUGGCGCUAUGAGGCCCGCGCACCACCGGAGGGCCCACUCGGAGGUGAACUUCCGGCUGCCGGAGGAUUUGGAUCUGGCGUCGGACCCGUUCGACGCGCCGGCGGGGAGUUUCGAGGAGAUGGGAUCCGAGGACGAUCUGUUCUCGACCUACAUGGAUAUGGAGAAGCUCGCUGGUGGCGGCGGAGCCUCCGGAUCUGGAAUCGGAGACUCUGUUUUUGACAAUGCUGGCGGCGGGGCGGCGGAGGAGGGGGAGAAGGGUGGUCGCUGCGACGGAGGAAGUGUGUCCAGGCCUAGGCAUAGGCAUAGCAACUCGGUGGAUAGCUCGGGCUUGUUGUUCAAUGAGAGUAGUAUCGAAGCUAAGAAGGCUAUGGCGCCGGAUAAGCUGGCUGAGCUGUGGACUAUCGAUCCCAAGCGCGCCAAGAGGAUUUUGGCCAACCGGCAAUCUGCAGCUCGAUCUAAAGAGAGAAAGGCACGUUAUAUAUCUGAGCUAGAGAGAAAAGUUCAGACUCUUCAAACUGAGGCAACAACUCUCUCAGCUCAACUCACUUUGUUCCAGCGAGACACGACAGGGCUGAGUAACGAGAACACAGAGCUUAAGCUGCGGUUGCAAGCCAUGGAACAGCAAGCUCAGUUACGUGAUGGGCUUUCCGGGCCCGUCAAACCAGGAUCCACUUGGACGCUUUCAGGGCCUCGAUAUCAGCAGCCGGGGCCCACAACUCGUGAAAUCUGA